CUGCUGAUUAAAGCAUUUGCUCGUCACAGUGAAGCCCCCGAUUCAAUUCCCCGACAUGGGUUCAAUGUGUGAAAGCCGUUUCUGGUGUUGGUGGAAUGUUGCUAAAAACAGCAUAAACCAUACUCACUUGCUCACUCACUAAAGCAGUAAACGUCUAUGACCUGCUUCUCCCUGUAUAUCACUCAGUUUAAUUUUUGUUUAAUUCAUUUGAUGUUUGUUUUGUUGUUUAAUGCCACACACAGCAAUAUUAUGGCGGAGUUCUGUAAAUAUUCGAGUCUGGAGCAGACAAUCCAGUCAUCAGCAGCGAUGAGCAUUGAUUUAAUUCAUUUGAAGGAUAAUACGGUUGCAAGAUGGUAUUCUGUGUUUCUUGUCAUUAUUUCAGAGUAAAGUGUGUGUGCAUGUUGCAUUUUAAUCAUCAUCAUAUAAUGUCAGGGAUGUGUCAGUGUCAAGUUACAAUUUAAUGGAUGACAUAUCCUAAAAAUUAUUUGUGUAGUGUGCUCAAAUGUUUGGUUGCUUGUUUAUUUUGUUUAUUUUGUUGUUGAACGCCACUGAGGAACGUUUUAUAUAUAAACUGCAUGAUGGCGGCCUAACUUGAUCAGGUGAUCCGGUUGUUGAUAUUGUGAGCACUGAUCCACGCUGUCUGUGUAUGAGGACAUGCAAUCAACCAAGUGAUUCACUUUGAGUCUGACCUUCCACUGAUAAAUAAUCUCUUAUGACCAACAUAGGUUGCCGGAGAUGUGUUCUGACCUGGAAAGCCACAGGGCAAUAGCUGGAAUACUUGCACUUCAGUAGACAGUGGAAUACAAGUCCGCAACCAUGUCAAUUAAAGAAAAACUGCCAUCAUUUCUGGAUGAUAUUGAGAAGGACUUGGAUCGUACAGUUAAAUUCUGGCUGGAAAACUCUCACGAUGAUGAAUUUGGAGGCUUCUUCAUCUGUCUCGGUCCGGAUGGCCGUGUGUUUGAUGAAACUAAAUAUACCUGGCUGGAGUGCAGACAGGUAUGGAUGUAUGCUCGGCUCUACAACGAAAUGGAGAAGUAUAGGAAACCACAGAUUUUGCAAGCUGCAAUAAAAGGGGCAGACUUCUUGCAGCAACAUGUGAAGAACCCUGACACCAUGAAGUGUUGCCUCAGUAUGACCAGGGGUGGUCAGCCAAUCAAAAUACAGCGGACUAUCUUCUCCGAGUGCUUCUAUCUGAUGGCAAUGUCUGAACUGGCCCGAGCUACUGGGGAGGCUGUGUAUAGGGAGGAAGCAUUGGCAAUGAUGGACAAAAUCUUGUUCUGGGUGCAGAAGGAUGACUCACAGCUUGGGAAGACCCAGUUGCCUGGCAACAAACCAUACGCCAGUCUCGCCAAUCCCAUGAUGCUGUUAUGCCUCAUUGACCAGAUGGAGACGAUGGACCCAACCCUUGCAGCCACCUACAGGGGCGCCACCUGGUGUCUCGGGGAGGUCAACAAACACAUUCAGAGAGAGGGCAGCGUUAUCCUGGAGAACGUGUCUGUUGAUGGAGAGGAGCUGACAGGCAGCAAUGGCCGACUUAUGGUGCCAGGUCAUGCGAUUGAAGCUGGUUGGUUCCUCCUUCAACGGGCACUAAAAUCAGGGGACACAACUCUCCAGAAAACAGCCAUUGACAAGUUUAUCGUCAACCCGUUCCAGACAGGCUGGGAUGAGUUGUACGGAGGACUGUUCUACUUCCUGGAUGUUGACGGCCUGUCUCCCACCCAGCUGGAGUGGGACAUGAAACUAUGGUGGCCUCACAAUGAGGCUAUGAUAGCCUUCCUCAUGGCUUACAAGGCUACGAAGGACGAAGAACAUCUGCACAAGUUUCAGAGAGUCUUCAAGUACAGCUACUCACAUUUUGUUGAUCAUGGCUACGGAGACUGGUUUGGCUACCUGAACAGACGAGGGGAGGUAAAGCUGAACUUCAAAGGAGGACCGUGGAAGGGCUUCUUCCAUGUCCCCAGAUGUCAACUGAUGUGCAUACAGCUCUUGAAGGACAUCAUAACAUCUGAGAAGUAGCCUUGCACUUUUUUAACAAUAUUUUUAGCCUCACUUUUCCAGCACUCCAGGAAAAGGCAGUAAUGUGAUCAUUUGAAGAAAUGAAUCAGAACAUUCAACUUUGAUCAUAGAUACCUCAAGAUAUUAUGAUGAUUAGCACCGAUUGUUUCUGUUUAAGAUAUACGUCAAUCUUAUACUGUGACUUGUAUCUCACACUUGGCCAACAAAGUGUGCCAACUCAACCUUACUUGCAUGAAAUUUGGGGCACUGACUUUUCAAAUGCAUAUAUCCCUCAAUCCUGCAGCCCAGAUGCAUCCCUGCUGUCAUGUUUUCAUUGAUUGCCACGAUUUUGACUGGUGUCAUAUCAUUACACAUAAUGAGGAGGCUUAAAGUUUUAAGUGAAUUUAUUACCAACAUCGAAGCCAUUUUUUAUCAUAUGCAACAUUGAAUCUACAAGUUUAAUAAAUCUAAUCAUUAAAAAACA